CUGUGAAACAGAAGCGCGGUCUCCUCGAAUUAACUCUGGCCUCUCAGAAAAUAAAAAUAAGAAACUGGAACCUCAGAGACAAGUGCUGGUCACGUGGUGCGUCAGCUGUCGGACCCUCUGCUCGUGCCGCGGGGCGUGCGCCCUCAGAUCCCGGCCUCCCUCUCGGCGCGCACAGCACAGCUGCCCUCGGAGCCGCUCCCGCCCUGGGUUCUCCCGGCCCUGGGGACGCACCCGCGAGGCCAGCAGCCACCCUCCUCCCCGGCCAGUGCCCUCCGCCCCGGCCCAUGGGGACGCUCGUGGCCAAACUGCUCCUGCCCACCCUCAGCAGCCUGGCCUUUCUCCCCACCAUCAGCAUUGCCGCCAAGAGGCGCUUCCACAUGGAGGCCAUGGUCUACCUCUUCACCAUGUUCUUCGUGGCGCUCUUCCACGCCUGCGACGGGCCGGGCCUGGCGGUGCUGUGCUUCCUGCGCCACGACGUCCUGGAGUAUUUCAGCAUCUACGGCACUGCGCUGAGCAUGUGGGUCUCCCUGAUGGCGCUGGCCGACUUCGACGAGCCCAGGAGGUCCACGCUGGUGAUGUUCGGCGUGCUGACCAUCGCCGUCCGCACCUACCACGACCGCCAGGGCUACGGGGUGUACUCGGGCCCCGUGGGCACGGCCGUCCUCAUCAUCACGGCCAAGUGGCUGCGGCAGAUGAAGGAGAAGAGGGGCCUGUACCCCGACAAGAGCGUGUACACCCAGCAGAUCGGCCCCGGCCUCUGCUUCGGGGCGCUGGCUAUGAUGCUGCGCUUCUUCUUCGAGGACUGGGACUACACCUACGUGCACAGCUUCUACCACUGCGCCCUGGCCAUGUGCUUGGUCCUGCUGCUGCCCAAGGCCAACAAGAAGGCCGGCAGCGCGGGGCCGCCGGCCAAGCUGGACUGCCCCACGCUGUGCUGCGCCUGCGUCUGACCGCGCACGCAGCCCACCCCGGC